AACUAAACCAAACGAAAUCAUUCCAACCAUCGAAAUGCUCUACAAGACAUUUGCGGUAGCCUUUCUCAUCCUGUGUGCGCACAAGUAUUCAUUGUCUUUCAACAGUGUUUGCUUCCAAAAAAUGGAGGAUGGCCCAUGUAGGGCUAUACACCCACGAUAUUAUUACAACUCGACUGUCGGUUCAUGUCUUAUGUUCCACUAUGGUGGAUGCCAUGGUAACCAAAAUAACUUCCUAACGAAAGAGGCGUGUCAAGAAGCCUGUGGAGAAAGCGGCCGAUUUGAUCCAAAUGACUGCAAUCUGCCAAAAAAGACAGGAAAAUGCCGGGCUUCCUUCCGUCGUUACUUCUAUGAUAAGAAGAGAGGAGCAUGCCAAGGAUUCACAUAUGGCGGUUGUGACGGGAAUGGAAACAAUUUCCAGACUGAGGAGGAAUGUCAGGCCAAAUGUGGAGCAAAGUAGUCUGCAUGUCACUCACCUAUUUCAUUUCGAAAAUACAAUAUGAUUUAGCAUGGUAA